CUCUCAAAAAAGGAGUAGCAUCACCAAGACAGUUCUGGGCAUGAGUGAAACAAAGCCUUACAUAGAAUUGCCUUUGUGGAGCGCAUCUUGGAAGAGGUGGAGGCGUGCGGAUCGAGCCGGAUGGGGUGGCCACCGUGGCACGCGGGCGAAGGAGGAGCUCAAGGAGCACGUCCCAGAAGAGGGCGUCAGCGGUGGCACGCCAAUCGACUACACCGCAUCCUGGGCCUCGAGAUCUUCUCCGGCAAGACCAGGGGAGCUUCCAUGGCAAGAAACAUGGUCAAUGACUCCAGGGUGACGUGGAGCUCCAGGCCAAGGUAACGAGCAAAUUCUUCUUCGAGGUUGAGAUCGGCGGGAAGCGCGUGGGCAAGGUGGUCAUCGGGCUCUUCGGCGAGGUCGUCCCAAAGAUGAUUGACAACUUCCGUGCCCUGUGCACUGGAGAAAAAGGGGAUGUAUACAAGGGCUGCUACUUCCACCGAAUCAUCAAAGGAUUUCAUGAUUCAGGGUGGGGAUUUUGCAGGAAAACAAUGUCUGAAGAGCAUUAGUGGCCUCUGUUCAGCCUUUUCUCUUCAUCUAUUCGGCAGCCGCUGUUGGUGGACAACGGCGGCCUCAGGUGGUGCAUGGUGGGUCCUGCCAAGUCACCGACACGAUUUCUCCCACGCAGGUGACUGGCGGCUGGGCAACGCCGCGACCAUUGAGCCGAAGGUGGCUGAGCGCCAGAGCUCCCAGCUUAGGAAGACGACGCGACGGGAUGGCGCAGCACCACGGCCUUCAGCACCCUUGCCGUUAGCAGCCUGCCCCUGUCAUAAGUCCUCUCGCGACCUGUUGGUUCUUCUGCUCCAGGACGAGGUGGUCAUCUUGCUAGGUUUCGGAGCCCUGUGGGCCUCUUUGCCGCUCGUCCUCGUCACCCUCUCUGCACCAGCAUCUCGCUUCCUUCUUGCUUCCAGUCAGGAUGGGAGGCUUCUAUUUAGGAGGCGCUCAUGGUACUAGGUCUCCAUAGACCUGGCCGUUUCAGAAUGGGAACAAGGUAAUAACGCUCCUUAUGAAAAAAACACAUAAUAUUGCUUUGGGUCCUGUUAUAGCCACAUUUGUGUUAUGGCCAAAACAUACCAUUUCUUUGUUACAAGUAAGCUUCAUUUCCACCAUAAAAACUACUUGUUUGGUAUGAAAAUGAAACCAUGAGCAGUAUAUCUCUCGAUGGGUGAAAUUUGGCAAAUGUAGCAAUUUCCUUGGUCGUGCAAAAUUUGUUGUUGGUGCUUGUGUAAUGAUGUUUAUUAAAAUA